ACUGACAGAGACUCUGGCGAGUUGUUCUCAUCUCCCACAGUCAUGGCGGUGUCAGGGAGUCACGAAGAUGGAGUAAACACCACCACGGCAACGUCCUGAUCAGUUUCUGUUUACUUUAUGCUGGACAGUAGCUGCUGUCGCCCGAGAUCCCGCAAACAUCCCGCAGGCUGCCGCCGCCGCUGCUGCUGCCGCCGCUGCUGCUGUGCUUGCAACGAUGGCCGACCGCGGUGUUGAUCUGUCGGCUUUGCCUAAAGAGGUUAGGGACCAGCUGGCGGAGCUGGAUCUGGAGCUCUCCGAGGGUGAUAUUACGCAGAAGGGCUAUGAGAAGAAAAGGACUAAGCUCCUGGCUCCUUACAUCAUUCACACUCCAGUGGAACCGCCCCCUCAGAACGACUCCAAGCCUCCUCCUCCUCCUCCCAGUUCCUCCUCCAGCCAUGCUCCUCCACCUUCCAGCUCAUCCCGGUACCGAGAACGUCGCUCACGCAGAACACAUCGAGGCGGAGGAACCAGGGAUGAUCGCUACAGAUCAGAUAUCCAUACUGAGGCAGUACAAGCUGCCCUGGCUAAACAUAAAGAGGAGAAGAUGGCACUGCCCAUGCCCACCAAGCGGCGCUCCACUUACGUCCAGUCUCCCAUUAAUACCCGUACACCACCAGACUCCUCAUCCGGCUCUGAAGAUGAGACGUCUGUGCGCAGACAGUCAUCAGUGGUUGCUCCUCAGUCUUUGGUCAGUCCCAGCCUGCAGAGCCCAGAUUGUUGGAUCAACCACUCUGUGCAGGGCUCAUCCACCUCCUCCUCAGCCUCCUCCACCCUGUCCCAUGGAGAGGCCAAACCACAGCCUCAGAGCCAAGCUCAGCCUCAGCCCCAGUACAAACCACAGUACCAACCUUUGUAUCAGCCUCAAUACCAACACCAGCCUCAGCCUCAGCAACAGCCUCAGCCUCAGCCUCAGCCUCAGCCUCAGCAACAGCCACAGCCACAGUCUCAACAACAGCCCCACACUACAGCUUUGGCAGACAUGUUGGCUCACAGUCGCAUUGCUCCCUCGGAAAACAACGCCCCCCCUCCAGAUGUCACAGCUGUGGCCCCUGCAGCCAGAGGCCCGCGGGUGGACCUGCCCUCCAACGCCGUGGUCCGCGGUAUGACUCGUGUGCAGAGCCGCUCGAGCAUGAUGGAGACUGCAGAUGGGGUCCCUGUCAGCAGCAGAGUGUCCACCAAAAUCCAGCAGCUUCUCAACACGCUGAAGAGGCCGAAGAGGCCGCCGCUCAGCGAGUUCUUCACUGAUGACUCAGAGGAGAUAGUAGAAGUGCCCCAGCCAGACCCGAACACGCCUAAGCCGGAGGGCCGUCAGAUCAUCCCAGUGAAAGGAGAGCCUUUGGGAGUGGUCAGUAACUGGCCCCCAGCCCUGCAGGCAGCAUUGGCCCGCUGGGGGGCCACGCAGGGGAAGAGCCCCGCUCUCACUGCUCUGGACAUCACCGGCAGACCGCUCUAUACACUGACUUAUGGCAAGCUGUGGAGUCGCAGUGUGAAGUUGGCGUACACGCUCCUGAACAAGCUGGGCACCAAGAACGAGCAAAUCCUCAAACCUGGAGACAGAGUGGCGUUGGUUUACCCCAACAGUGACCCUGGGAUGUUCUUGGUGGCCUUCUACGGCUGCCUCCUGGCUGAAGUUAUUCCUGUACCUAUUGAGGUGCCACUGUCUCGUAAGGAUGCAGGUAUCAGCCAGGUGGGCUUUCUGCUCGGUAGCUGUGGUGUUGGUCUGGCUCUGACUAGUGAGAUCUGUUUGAAGGGUCUGCCCAAGACCCCUGCAGGGGAAAUACUACAGUUCAAAGGCUGGCCUCGACUAAAGUGGGUAAUAACGGACUCGAAAUACCUGACGAAACCCUCUAAAGACUGGCAGCCUCACGUCCCCACCGCUAACACUGACCCUGCAUAUAUAGAGUACAAGGCGAGUAAAGAAGGCACCGUGGUGGGUGUGGCCGUGUCUAAAGUAGCCAUGUUGACCCACUGUCAGGCUCUGACCCAGGCCUGCAACUACUGUGAAGGGGAAACAUUAGUGAAUGUCCUGGACUUUAAAAAGGAUAUUGGCCUGUGGCACGGUGUUCUCACGGCUGUAAUGAACAGGAUACACACGAUCAGUGUUCCCUAUGCUGUAAUGAAGGCGUGUCCUCUCUCCUGGGUGCAGAGGGUCCACUUCCACAAAGCUCGUAUAGCUUUGGUGAAGUGUCGUGAUCUCCACUGGGCCAUGAUGGCUCAUCGGGACCAGAGAGACACCAGCCUCGCUUCAUUACGUAUGCUCAUUGUUGCUGAUGGUGCUAACCCCUGGUCGGUGUCUUCCUGUGAUGCCUUCCUAAACGUUUUCCAGUCCCACGGACUGAAGCCUGAGGUCAUCUGUCCCUGUGCUACCUCACCUGAGGCCAUGACUGUAGCUUUACGGAGACCAGGAGUACCAGGUGCACCUCUACCCGCCCGUGCCAUUCUUUCGAUGGGCGGCCUGAGCCAUGGUGUCAUCAGGGUCAACACAGAGGACAAGAACUCCGCUCUGACUGUGCAAGAUGUGGGCCAUGUUAUGCCCGGAGCGCUGAUGUGCAUUGUCAAACCUGAGGGGCCUCCUCAGCUAUGUAGAACAGAUGAGAUAGGAGAGAUCAUAAUCAACUCUCGUGCUGGAGGCACCAUGUACUACGGCCUGCCUGGACUCACGAAAAACACAUUCGAGGUGAUCCCGGUGAACAUUAAUGGAGUUCCCAUCGGAGAGAUUCCAUUUGUGCGCUCAGGUCUGCUGGGAUUUGUUGGCCCAGGCAGUCUGAUCUUUGUGGUGGGUAAGAUCGAAGGCCUGCUGAUGGUCAGUGGACGCAGACACAACGCUGAUGACCUGGUGGCCACUGCUCUGGCUGUGGAGCCUGUCAAGACUGUGUACCGUGGCAGGAUCGCUGUAUUCUCUAUCACUGUGUUCUACGAUGAGAGGGUAGUGAUUGUGGCGGAGCAGAGGCCAGACGCCAGCGAGGAGGACAGCUUCCAGUGGAUGAGCCGAGUGCUUCAGGCCAUCGACAGCAUCCACCAGGUGGGCCUCUACUGUCUGGCUCUGGUACCAGCCAACACUUUGCCCAAAACACCUCUGGGUGGCAUCCACAUCUCUGACACCAAGCAGUACUUUUUAGACGGCAACCUGCAUCCCUGCAACAUCCUCAUGUGUCCACACACAUGUGUCACCAACCUGCCCAAACCCCGUCAGAAGCAGCCGGUUGGUGUAGGUCCUGCUUCUGUCAUGGUGGGCAACCUGGUGGCAGGGAAGAGGAUUGCUCAGGCCGCAGGCAGGGACCUCGGCAUGAUAGAAGACCAGGAUCUUAUCCGGAAGCUCUGUAUGUGGCCUACUGUGAUGCAUCAGUAUUUGACAGAGGCUCUACAGUGGAGGGCACAGACAGACCCAGACCACAUCCUCUUUGUUCUUCUUAAUGCUAAGGGUGUGGCAGUGAGCACGGCGUCCUGCGUCCAGCUUCACAAGCGCGCUGAGAAGAUCGCUGCAGCGCUCACAGAGAAAGGCAGCAUCAACACUGGAGAGAACGUAGUGCUGCUCUAUCCUCCUGGCAUCGAUUUGAUAGCCGCCUUCUAUGGCUGUCUGUACGCUGGAUGUGUUCCCGUAAACGUCAGACCUCCUCACCCUCAGAACCUGGCAGCCACGCUGCCGACUGUCCGCAUGAUUAUUGAUGUCAGUAAAGCUGCGUGUAUCCUCACCACUCAGAACCUCAUGAGGACCCUUCGUUCCAAGGAGGCUGCUGCUUCAGUAAACAUUAAAACGUGGCCAACAAUCAUUGACACAGAUGACCUUCCUCGUCGCCGGCCUCCGCAGAUCUAUAAGCCACCCACAGCAGAGUUGAUAGCUUAUCUGGACUUCAGCGUGUCCACUACAGGAAUGCUUACUGGGGUUAAGAUCUCCCAUGCAGCAGUCAGUGCCAUUUGUCGCUCCAUAAAGCUGCAGUGUGAGCUGUACUCCUCUCGUCAAAUAGCCAUCUGCCUGGAUCCAUAUUGUGGUCUGGGCUUUGUUUUGUGGUGCCUCGCAAGUGUUUACUCAGGUCACCAGUCCAUCCUCGUCCCUCCCUUUGAGUUGGAGAGCUGCUUGUCACUGUGGCUGAGCACGCUCAGUCAGUACCGCAUCAGAGACACCUUCUGCUCCUACUCUGUCAUGGAGCUCUGCACUAAAGGACUGGGCACUCAGACUGAGCUGCUCAAGGCCCGUGGUGUGAAUCUGUCAUGUGUGCGGAGCUGUGUGGUGAUAGCAGAGGAACGUCCUCGUCUGGCCCUCACAUAUUCCUUCUCCAAGCUGUUUAAGGACGUGGGUCUGUCACCCAGAGCUGUCAGCACUGCUUUUGGCUCCAGGGUGAAUCUUGCCAUCUGCCUGCAGGGCACAACUGGUCCCGAUCCCUGUACUGUGUACGUGGACAUGAAGUCCCUGCGCCAUGACAGGGUGAGGCUGGUGGAGAGAGGAGCGCCUCAAAGUCUUCCUCUAAUGGAGGCUGGCAAGAUACUGCCGGGUGUGCGGGUGAUUAUCGUCAAUCCAGAGACCAGAGGCCCGCUUGGCGAUUCUCAUCUGGGAGAGAUCUGGGUGAACAGCCCUCACACUGCCAGUGGCUACUACACCAUCUAUGGCGAGGAGAGCCUUCAGGCUGACCACUUCAACACUAAACUCAGCUUCGGAGAUCCUCAGACCUUGUGGGCCAGAACUGGAUACUUGGGUUUUGUGAAGAGGACCGAGCUGUUAGAUGCCAGCGGGGACCGGCAUGAUGCUCUCUUUGUGGUGGGGUCACUGGAUGAGACCUUGGAGCUACGAGGACUGCGGUACCACCCCAUUGACAUUGAAACCUCAGUGUCCCGUGCUCAUCGCAGUAUUGCGGAAAGCGCUGUGUUUACAUGGACCAACCUGCUGGUGGUGGUGUCAGAGCUGUGUGGCUCAGAGCAGGAUGCACUCGACCUGGUGCCUCUGAUCACCAACGUGGUCCUGGAGGAGCACCACCUCAUCGUGGGCGUGGUGGUCAUUGUGGACCCCGGGGUGAUACCCAUUAAUUCCAGGGGAGAGAAGCAACGCAUGCACCUCCGUGACUCUUUCCUGGCUGACCAGCUGGAUCCCAUCUAUGUUGCCUACAACAUGUGAUGGGGUUCUUGUUUCGCCGUCAACCACCGUCUGGAUGCCUCUGCACCGUCAUCCAAACAUGUGACCACUGGCUUGGCAGAUGAUGAGAAGUAAAAGCAUGAACCACACGUACUGCCACCCUGCCCUGUGUGUGUGACACCAGCAUAUCUUGGCCACUGCAUGUCUGUGAUUGGAUCUGCCAUGUUUGGAGUUGUUCACUGUGUUUUAUAGAUAUAAUUUUGCAAAAUGGGAUUGAAGCAACUUGCAAAAAGAAGUCCCUGUUGCACUUUUUUCAGGGGAAAGAAGCAAAUGACACAUCUGGACACGUAUUAAUGUCCAAGUAAAAAUCCAUCUCAUUCUUUUCUCACGACAAACCACUUUCCCCUUUGUGUCUACACGGAUUCUAAGAGCUACUAAACUGAAAUAGAAAAUUUGAAAUAUUUUUACAUGCAGCUUUCAAACUAACGCACAUGAUGCAUGUGCUAACUAGGCCCGUGUUAUUUUUCACUAAAUGUGGAUGAAUCAGCGAGAGGGCACACGAAAGCAAACCUUGAGUUUUGUGCAUAUUUUAAAAUGCUCAUUCUGUCCCACGAUAACGAAGCCAAAUAGAUGUUUCCUGCUCUUAUACAUUAUAUUUCCUGCCUUAUAAAACUUCAGUCAUACAUUCCUGUGGCUGCUUAUUGCUAUUUGGUUUUGACCAGUGAUGGAAAUCCUGACCGAUAUCCAAAGGGAUCAAAGUAAAAGAGGAGAGAGGCCAUAUUCUGUACUGUAUCUAGAGACCUCCUUGUAUUUUAGAUACUGUAUGUUACUGUACAGAUAUUUUUAAUUGUAUAAAUGUAUAAAGGUUUGGUUCUUCCCUCUUAGUUGGCGAUGAUAACAGUAGUGGAAAGAAGUUUGUAAAUAGGAUCGGACAGUUUUGACAGUACUUUUAAAGAGGAAUAUUACUUGUAUAAUUGAGGUUAGGGUCAAUAACUUUAAAGAAUUGUUAGUCAGGUUAGAUAUAACAUUGCACUUUCUCAAAAAAAAGUGUCUAUUUUAUUAUGAACAGUGAGGCAUUAUAACUAAUGGUUCAGGAGACUACAGUAUAUGAUUCAGAGGGAGAGUUUAUCAGGAGGGCUAAUGCUGUUAAUACCAGGUACCUUUCCUGUUGGCCACUAAAAGCUAAAUCCAAUAUCGUGACUGUUGUCAGUUACCAGGUUAUUUUAUAAAUCACACAAAAACAGUCCCACAAUUAUUCAUCAAAUACUCCUUACCGUUGUAUUGCUUACUCUUCACAUUCCUCUCACUUCUGUUGUGUAUAAGAGAGAAAGUGUUUGAGACUUCGUGGGAACUGUGUUCUGUGUUUGUACUUUGAAUUCCAACAGGAUUGUUGGUACUUGAAGUCUGUAGAGUAGAAGAAAGCGUUCAUGUAUCUGAAUUCUUUUGUAUUCAGUCACUGGAUUUAAAAGCACUUGUAAAUGCAGUUGCAAAGCUGAGCCACGGUAGAAAACGUCGUUGAAUGGCAAAAUAAAAAUGAUGAUAAUGUGGAAAUGAAUUAGGGUAAACAGUUUGCAUCAAGAUGUAUUUGCAAAAUGUAUUUAGUGUCCCGCAAUCUUGUGCUUUCCUUGUACUUCCUUGCCAUAAUGUAAAGGUUCUGUGUUCUGUGAUGAACCCUAAAUGUCACCAUGUAAAUAGUUUUUGUUAUUUUUGGACUUUUGCAGUUGUCCCACUACAUUUGAUCAUACCAACCACAAUAAUAGAAAGAUAUUUAGUUGAUUUCAAAGAAUACAGGAAAAUGAUCCAUUGAAUUACUGCACUUUGCACUGAUGGUACUUACAGUAGCUUUCUACUGUGUGGACUCAAGUUUUGAGUGAUUGAUUUGAACUCUCCCCAUUUAAUGUUUGAUUAAAUAUGUUUUUAGAAAUGCAGCGCUUUACGUUUGGUUUUGCCCCGUUUUGAGUCGAACUAGAAAACACUAACAGCACUUCGUCUUAGCUUUAACCUUGCUUCCUAGGUUUGCAGCAGAAUGUUUGCAUGACUCAGCAAAGCACAAGAAGAAAUCAGCUUGAGGCACAUCUCAUUCCGAUGCACAAGUGGGGGAGAUAGAUUUAUAUAUAGUAUAUCUGUAUAUGUGUGAAACUGUAUAUUCAGGGAAUAAAACUCAUAACACAGGGAUGGACCAGGUGGUCCCUUGGUGCAAUCUGUGAAUAUUACCCAUAAAAUGUAGACCUUUUGUCGAAAAACAAAUUCCCUCUCCUAAUCAUACAUGCGGCUCUUGCAAAACCUAAUGAGCAAAUGGAGGAUUUUUAGUGACAAUCUGUGUCAAUCUGCCGCCUACUUGCUCAGCUGUGAAGUCAUCACGGGCUUCCACUCUCUCUCCUUAUCAGAGUCCGUACACACUAUGCAAUCCCAAAGAUCGUGCAUUUUCAUUUCAAAGCUUGCACACUCUGGUGAAAAAAACAUUUUGUAAUAACAAAGAACAGAGGACUUACAGAAUUGAACCAGUAGUGUACUUUAGACUUUAUUCAUCUCUAUUCAGUUGUUUUAUCAAUAAUUUUACACAUGCACUCCUGGUAUGUUGUAUAUAAUUUAGUAAAUUGGUCUAAACUGCUCCAUUAGGGUGUAACCCAUGAUAAUUGUGUAACACUAGAGGGGUGUCUGAAGUCAUAUAGUGUAGUUACAAACCAAGAUGGUACACACCUUUUCCACCCAUUUGUCUCAUUUAUUUUCUAUUUUGGAUUGUUGUACUUUGUUUUAUACAUAAUGUCAAAGUAAUAUGGAAUAAACAAAACAUUUAAUCAUUUAA